CACGGGUCGCACAAUUGAAGCCAGCUAAGAGGUCUCUUCUCCCCUCUGUUCUUGAAUCUCGUCGCCUCUGUCAUCUCUCACAGCCGUUCCGCUCGCUGCAAGCAGCGCCCUCGAUCUCAAACAAACAUGUCAGCUUCGACACAGGUCACAGGAAAGCAGGGCGCCUCGUCGCCUCCUCCGAACAGCGUCGGAUCAAAGCUCAAGAGUCGGUUGAGCUUCCUUUUCGCACGCAGCCCUCAGCAACAGCAACAUCAGCAGCAACAGGCGGGCGCGGCAAAUGUGGAACGUGGAAAGAACAAUAGUGGCAAGAACAAGAAGAGAGAUGAAGCAAAACAGGAUGAGCCAGACACCAGCGAAGGAAGUGCAAUUGACUACCGUCCGAGUGCUCGCGCUUUGCAGCCCGCAAAAGCCAACCUGCGUCGUCACUAUCCCAAGAUCGAACCAUUUGAGACGGGUUUCCUCGACGUGGAUCACCACAGCAUCUACUGGGAGCAGUCUGGAAAGCGGGACGGCUACCCCGUCGUCUUUCUCCACGGAGGGCCCGGUGGGGGCUGCUCCUCCGAUGAUCGUCGUUGGUUCGACCCUGCCCACUACCGCAUCGUUCUCUUUGACCAGCGUGGCGCCGGCCGCUCCACGCCCCACUCGAAUCUGGAAAAGAACACGACGUGGGACCUCGUCGGCGACAUUGAGAGGCUGCGAGAAAAGCUGGGCGUGACAAAGUGGCAUGUCUUUGGAGGUAGCUGGGGCAGCACCCUCGCCCUGGCCUAUGCCCAGAAACAUGCUGAGAGCGUCAGUGCACUGGUGCUCCGGGGAAUCUUUACUCUUCGCAAGAGCGAGCUCCUCUGGUUCUACCAGGAGGGCGCCUCGAACCUAUUUCCCGAGAUGGAUGAGCCGUACCGCGCGGCGAUACCAGCAGAGGAGCAGGGUGACCUCAUGAAGGCCUACUACAGCCGUCUGACAAGCGACGAUGAAAAGGUGCAAUUAGCAGCAGCAAAGGCCUGGACGACGUGGGAAAUGGCUACUUCAAAGCUCUACGUCGACGAGGCUUCCGUCAAGCGCGGCGAGGAUGAGAAAUUUGCCCUGGCAUUUGCCCGCAUCGAAUGCCACUAUUUCAACAAUGCAGGCUGGCUCGAGGAUGGACAGCUACUCCGAAAGGACAACGUCGAUAGGAUCCGAAACAUUCCCGCCGUCAUCGUUCAGGGUCGCUACGACAUGCCAUGCCCCGCAAAGACGGCUUACGAGCUUCACAAGCAGUGGCCCGAGGCCCACUUCCAUCUCGUUCCCGACGCCGGCCACGGCUCCGCAGAGCCGGGCAUCAUGGACCGCCUCAUCGCAGCCACUGACAGAUUUAGAUCGAUCAAGUAGUCCAUCGUCAUCAUACCCAUCUUUUCAAUCUCUUCUUCAUCAUCCAAUACAAGAGACAUGAUGGACCUUUGGAUGUAGAGCCUCUUCUUCCGCUCUCUCGUUCAUUCCGCAAGAAGCAUCUCUUUGAAUCGGUGCAAAUGAUGGAAGAGGUGGGCUGUAUUUCAAGUGCAGCGUAGCCAAAUGCAGUGCAGUACU